AUGUCCACCAACCAAGAUGAGGGCAGAUACCCACAACUCGUCGCCUUCGAUCUUGACUAUACCCUAUGGGACCUUUGGAUCGAUACCCAUGUUACUGGACCUCUUAGAAGGGACAAGGAGAAUGUGAAUGAAGUCUUGGAUAGAUACAACGAGAAGAUCUCGUUUUACAAGGACGUCCCAGCCAUUCUUCAUCUAGAUAGAGGAGGGGCUGUUACAAUCGUCGCCUGCUCCAGAACCCAUGCACCAACUCUAGCCCGAAAGUGCCUCAGCCUUCUACUUGUCGCACCUGAAUCAAAAAUCGGCGAUGCAAUUGGCGGCACCAGACCAGCAACAGAGUUUUUUGACGAGUUGGAGAUCUAUCCUGGAUCGAAGAUAACUCAUUUUAAGGCUCUAAAGGAACGUACUGGAAUUUCAUAUUCUGAGAUGCUUUUCUUCGACGACGAGCUCAGAAAUAGGGAGGUCGAGCAACUCGGUGUAACGUUUCAUCAUGUCCCAAAUGGCCUCACCAAUAAUGUUUUCGAGAUGGGUCUCGAGGAAUGGAGGAACCGGUGA